GUGUCGUGAGGGGUGGAUGUGUGGCUUAGGGGUCUCUCUCUCGUGCUAGUUGUUAUUCCAUGGACGCCCACGCUUUCUUUGGUCAUUCACUCGUCUCCUGUUGAGGGCUUGCGUGUGUUUGUGUCGCUUCCCAGACGUUCACAGCUGGUUGUCUCGUAAUUUCCUAGUGUUGGUAGUGGCAUAGAAAAGACUGGUUUGUGCCAUCCACCACUGGCAACCCUCCCUCCCUACCUCCCUACCUCCCUUCCUCUCUUACCCCGCUUUAUACGACGCCUAAAACUGUGCUAUAAACGACACACAAGUGCUAAUAAAAGCAUCUAUAGCUCGAGGCUUUAAAGAAACCGAAGUUAGCCUGUUUUUUACCCGAAAGAUGAACGAGUGAGAAAAGAAAACGGACUUGUGAUUAAAAACAGUGGCAGUGAAUGAUGACAAAGGGAACUGACACCACUAACAGAGUCUCUGAAUGAAGGACGUGAGGUGAUUGGAUUGUACAGGAGGACGUGACAGGAAGCGGAGGAACGGAGGAGAGGAAAACAUGGGAGGAGGAAGAAGAUGCCAGGGUACCACAUCGUGCCGAGUGUUUCUGCUGGCAGCUGUGGUGUUGUGUUGUGUAGGGUCGGCGGCGGGGAUCUGCGUGGUGGACAACAAGAAGGGUUGGUUUGUGUCCUGCGGCGUGAGGGACUCCUACCUCUUCCGCCUCAAAGACUACGGCGGCAUCAAUGCAAACUUUGACUUCAGUUUGGGAUUCGGGAACGAGAAAGGCUUCCCGUUUUCUGUCAAGAACACGAAGGGGAAGCACCACUACCACAGGAGGAAGGAUGAGGCUGGAGGAAUCUUAACGAGUGGAGAGAUACCAGAGGAAGAAGUGGUCGGAGGAGGAGGAGGAGGAGGAGGAAGAAGAGGGUCAUGGCUGCGGCCCCGUUCAGAUCUCCGUCCACCACCUCUCGUGUACAACGCCCUUGAGAGAAGCUCCUUGGGUCACUCUGAGGGCGACGGAACCCAACCAGCAGGUGAUGUGUCUUCUGUGCCUUCUUCAGGAGCACAAAACGUCCAUUUAAGCCGAUCUACUGACGAAGGCACUGCUGGCGGUGCUGGUGGUGCUGACAGCCCUUAUGUAGCAGCAAAUCACCUCCCUUCUGUAGCUACAAGAGGUGAACCCUGGUUACGCCCUGCGAGAAGACGGGCUGGUGCAAGACGCUCCUCCUCCUCCUCCUCCUCCUCCUCCUUCUUCAGUAGACUCAUGGCGUGGCUUCCCUGGCCAUUAGGAGAGGCCUCUUGGUUCUCCGGAGGCAGUCAUUCAAGGGCGGACUCAAGGAAAUCACACUUCAGGGUUAUUCACCAGCCAGCGGGGAAUGAACUGUCACCAAAUCAACAGUCCUUCAAUACCAAACAGUUUUCUUUCCCUCAGCCCUUCAGCCCUCAGUCCUUCGGCCCACAGUCCUUCAGCCCACAGUCCUUCAGCCCACAGUCCUUCAGCCCACAGUCCUUCGCAGCGCCGCCUUUCCUAGCCCCGCCCUUCGGUGGUCCUCCUUUCAGCCCCUUCCAGUCCUUCCCACAGCCCCCUCAAACAGAAUCACAUGGGUCGCCGCCGCGCACUGUGGGUCCCCAGGUGGCGGAUGUGUUGCAGGUAUCGCCAGACACCCCCGCAGACACAGACCACGUGCCAUCCUUCGCUGCCAAGGUGUUCGUGGUGAGAGAGGCGCCGAAAGAUUACUACCCGCCUGGCUACACUCCCGCUGACUCGCACGAACACCACUCCGUUGAAGUCCCGCGAACCAAGUUUUUCUGCGAGGAACAGCGAUACUUGCCAGGCCUCUACGCGGACACACAGCUCGGAUGCAAGGUGUUCCAUAUGUGUCUACCAGCGGCCGUGGGCAACACAAUGACCAGCUUCUUGUGCCCAAACAUGACGCUCUUCGACCAGUCCAUCCUGCAGUGCAAUUGGUGGUACUACGUGCGCUGCGAGGACUCCCAUUUGAACUACGACGCGAACCUUCCCCUUGCACUGAGCUACAGAAAGGUGAACGCCGCGCAGCUCCCCCUGACGGCUAUCCAAGACUACAACUCCCUGUCCCUGCUUGAUAUCAGCGCCAGGACAGCGAGGAAACUUGACGGAGGGGCUGAAGGAGGGGCUGUCGGGAGAAUGGGUCUUGCUGAUGUGGAAGAGGAAGAAAUGGAGGAUGAUUCAGUUGCUACUACAGAAACAGUUGGAAGGGAUUUUGAUGGGGAGAUGGGAACUGGAGAACAAGAGACAGGCGGAAAAGAUGAUGAAGAACAGGAAGUCAUAAUUGAAGAAGAGAUAAUGACAAGUGAUACUGAAGAAGGAAAAAGUGAAGCAGUGAGAGGAGACAACGAAAAGAAAACUGGAGAUGGAGAACAAAGAGAUGAUGAAGAAGAGGAAACGAAGAGUGAAGAACAAGACAUGCUAAGAAGUGGUAACAAAGAGGAUGAAAGGAAAAAUGAAAGAGAGACAGAUGGAAAAGAUUCUGAAGAAGAAGAGGGGAAAAACAGAAAAGAUGAGAAAAGCAGAAGCGAUGAUGGAGAACAAGAAACUGAUAACGAAGAAGAAAAAACAGUUAUAGAUGAAGAUAAAGUUCAAGAUAGAGUGAAAAGGUUCUUACCAUACAAAAUAUACAAUGUAGAGAGAGACGAAAGACUUCUAAAUGAUCGCAAAGUAGAAGAGGUGAGAGAAUACUGGGAGAGGGAGGAAAUAAAAGGAGAUACGGGUUUGUUAAGUAGAAAUAAGAGACAUGAACAUAAUCUCGACUCUGUUCUCGUUUCUCGCCUUCGAAUAAGAGAUCUCCCGCCAUAUUCUUAAUAUAAUAACCGGCCAUUAUCUUUUUUUUUUCUUUUUUAAGCUUUCUCUUCUCCAUUUCUUGCUUAAACUUAUGAUGUUCACUGUCUUUACUUUAAAUUUCUUGCGUUCCUUUUCAUCUUAUUUGUCAAUUCUUCGUUGCAAGAAAUCAAAGUUAUUAAAGAGAGAGAGAGAGAGAGAGAGAGAGAGAGUGCGGAUGUGGGGGGGAAGGGAAGAACAGUCAAGAAAUUUCGUGCGUGUAAUAUGAGUUGUAUAUUUGUUGUUAUUAUUGAUAUUGUAAUCAUUAUCUUUUACAAAGGCUCAGUAAGUAAUAGAUUCUAACGUGUUCCGUCCAGUUUAGUACCUUUAUUGUUAUCUUUAUUACUACUUAAGUUAAUUUUGUCGUAUUUUUUGUAUUUUUCGUUAUUGUGUAUAUUCGUAAUAGUGUUUUUCUUUUCUUUUUUGUAUGUAUGUGUCUGUAUCUCUGUUUUGUAUUUUGUUAUUUAUUGAUUUAUUUCUCUCUAGCAAACAGGAGCGUUGAUCGCAUCUGUUCAGGAAUUUUUGUAUACGUACGUGUGUGUGUGUGUGUGUGUGUGUGUGUGUGUGUCGAUAUAGUAAUGUGAAUAAUUUGUUUUCUAUACACACAUAUGUCCUGGAGAUAUAUAUGUAAAUAAAUAAGACUUAUACUA